CAUGUCCAGCGAACAGCGACAGCAGUUGGAGGCCAUUUUGCUGAGCGAACACCCUGAGGAGCAGCUCCGGCAGCACAUCCAGGGCCUUGUGCAUCGCCAGCGCCACAACAGCCACAAGAAGCAGAAGUAGCGCGCGACAGCCCAAAGCGCCCUCAUUCUGCGCCCGAUUGUCCGCCGAACAGCCCUGUUUCGAUCCGUCGGUGCUUCCAAGAUUUUGUCUUGAGGCUAUUUAUAUCUUGUUGUUCCCACGCUCUUGGUUCUGGAUCUUGCGUCGGACUGUUGCACCUUCUUCUUCUCCUGCCCCAGUUGCUCCCUUUUCUGCUCUUUUUUCUUCGCCACGCUCUGCGCCAGCCCUAUAUAUAUCCACUUUCCCCUGUCUUUUCCUGUCUUUCACCUCUCCUAUUUCCUCUCUUCUAACCAAUAAUGAGCAGCUUCAGAGGCGACGACUUGGUGGUAUUUACCACUCCCCAGGAUUUGCAUAGAUCAAAAUCAAGCGAGAAUUUGAUUGAACCAAAGCCUUUGCAGCAAAACAAAACCAAUGGCAAAACCCAUAGAAAACCCAUAUCUGAUGCUUCUUGUCUAGACACAAUGCAAAAUGCCAACCAGUACAAAUUGGCCCUACAAAAUGGUGGUCCAUUGCCAAUUCCUGAUUAUGAAAAAAAUCAAAAACAUACAAGUUUAAGGAGAAAAACCCCUUCUCCAAAUUCAACUGGCAACAAUUAUAAUCUCAACCAAAAUCAAAAUCAAAACCAAAGAUCUUAUCCCAAUCAACAACCUACAAACUACCAACAACCUACAAACUACCAACAACCACAACCCACAAACUAUCAACAACAGCCUGCUAAUUAUCAACAACAACAACAACCGACAAAUUACCAACCUAUAUUUCCUGCUCGAAAUCUUACCGGAGGCCCGGCUCCAAAUUAUCCUCAAAAUCAACAAUACCAACAAUAUCAACAACAGUACCAACAGCAACCUCAAUAUCCCAUGUCUCCACAAAGUAUCAAUCAUAGACACUCUGUUCAAUAUACAAGCGUAAACCAAAUGCCUAUGAUCCCAACUCUUACGGGCCCAAUGCCUCAACAACCACCACCACCACAGCAACAGCAACAACAACAACCACCUGCUCCUCGUAAAUUCAUCAGUGAAGACCAACAAGUGUAUGUCAUCUUCAACAGAAUUGACUCUGAUAGAGAUGGUGCUAUAUCCUUUGAGGAAUUAAGAAACUCAAUUAAAAACGAUGAUAAUUCAAUUUUCUCCGCUUCCUCAAUUAAAACUCUAGUCAAAUACUGUCUACCCGAUAGAUCAAAAAAUUUAAAAAUAUCAAAUCUAAACACUUUCUACAUCGAUUUCACCGACUUCAAAAUCAUCUAUAAACAUGUCCUCAAAUGGAAACAAGUCUUUCAAAACCAAGAUGAAAACCAAAGCUCAACAAUUGAAUUUGCUGAAUUUGCAAAGGGUCUAUCUCAACUAGGCUUUGAAUUGCCUUCCGAAUUAACUAAAUUUGUCUUCACCAAAUACUCUACCUCAAAUGAAAUGAAAUUCGACGCCUUCAUUGAAAGUGUCUUGGUCAUAAUCGCAAUAACUAAAAUAUUUGAAAGAUACGACUCUCAAAAGAGAGGUGUAGCUGAAAUUCCUUAUUUCGAUUUCAUGAAAGAUGUCUUUGAAGUAUUAGAAAAUUACUAAUUAUCAUUAAAUUUACCAUCCAAACUUAUUAAAAACAUUAUCAGAAUUUUAAUAAAUAAUGCUGUCUAUUCAUUUAUAAUCUAUUUAACUUUAUUGACCUGAUCAAAUCUCUUUAUAUUUUUUUAUUUA